AUGAAAGCACUGAUAUUGAGCAAACGAGUCGCUGAGCUCGCGCACGAACGACAAGGGAUGUCAGGAGGGAGAUUGAUCAUCGUCUGGGGAGGUUUCGAUUUCGCUCUGUUGGCUGGUGGCCUGGCCGCUACUUCUGCCGCCGCCUUGGUCAGGUCGAAUCUUGCAAAGACAGAUGCCCAAAAGACAGAGCAGAUACUCGAUCGGCUCGCGUUCGAUGAUAGCAUCGCGACGAUCGCUGGAUUGACUAUCGGCAUCAUGACUCUGAUCGGCUUCCUCAUCUCGAUCUCUGCUCAAGUGGCAGCAGACAAUAAGACGAGGAUAUUGAGGCUCAGGGCUUUUGGCUACUACCUCGUCGCGCUCAUCGUAUCGACUAUCAUCGCUGGCGUGAUUGUCUGGCUGCAGACACUUCGGCCAGCAGAUGAGAUAGAGCUGCGAUGGCCGGGCCUAAACGCGGCAAGUCAGAAAGAGCUUGAAACUGCCUUCGCCUGCUCGGCGAGUCAGAGCAAGAUCCAGAGCUGCCUGGAACCCAUCGCAGCAGCAGUCACGACGCGUCUCGGUUUUGCCUUUACAGCAUUACACGCAUUCUCUGGCGUGCAACUUAUGCUCUGGCUCCUUACUGCCGCUCUCAUCGUCCAAUUGCAAGAUCGCGAACGAGCUCGGCGGAUAGACGCAAGGCAGGCAGCAGAAGCACAGUACAAACUUUAG